CCGGUCCUUGUCCCUUUCUAUUCUUCAGCUUCUGUUCGGUGGCGAGCUAUAGCGCACGGUUCUUAGUAAAGUGCCGGCACAAAAAUGAUGGGAUCACUUAAAAUCGUGUUGUUCUUAGGUGUAAUAUAUUUGUGUAGGGCCGCCGAAGAGGACGUGCUAGAUCUUACAGAUUCUGACUUUUCAUCUGUACUAUCUCAACAUGAUACGGCGCUGGUCAUGUUUUACGCUCCAUGGUGCGGACAUUGUAAAAGACUGAAGCCGGAGUACGCGUUGGCGGCCGGCGUGUUGAAGGGCGACGACCCUCAGGUGACGCUGGCGAAGGUGGACUGCACGGAGGGCGGCAAGGCCACCUGCGAGAAGUUCUCCGUCUCCGGAUACCCGACUAUGAAGAUCUUCCGUAAAGGAGAGGUGUCUCAGGACUACAAUGGCCCUAGGGAGUCAAAUGGCAUUGUCAAGUACAUGCGCGCCCAAGUCGGGCCCAGCUCCAGGGACCUCCUUACCGUUGCCGACUACGAGAACUUCCUUAAGAAGGACGAAGUCACCGUCAUCGGUUUCUUCGAGAAGGAGAGUGACUUGAAGGGCGAGUUCCUGAAGACGGCCGAUAAGAUGAGGGAGGAGGUUCUGUUUGCGCACACCAGUUCUAAGGAGGUCUUGGACAAGGCUGGUUACAAAGACAAUGUCGUCCUGUACCGUCCUAAGCGCCUGCAGAACAAAUUCGAGGAGUCCUCUGUGGUGUACUCCGGUGAUGACGCGGCUUCGUCUCUCAAGGCCUUCGUCAAGGACAACUACCACGGCCUGGUCGGUGUGCGUCAGAAGGACAACAUCGCAGACUUCUCCAACCCUCUGGUGGUCGCCUACUACGGUGUCGACUACGUCAAGAACCCCAAGGGCACCAACUACUGGAGGAACCGUGUGCUCAAGGUCGCCAAGGAGCUCUCAGAAGUGACCUUCGCCAUCAGCAGCAAGGACGAGUUCACCCACGAACUGAACGAGUACGGCAUCGACUUCGCCAAGGGAGACAAACCCGUGGUAGCCGGCCGGGACGCCGAUGGCAACAAGUACAUCAUGUCUGCUGAAUUCAGCAUCGAGAACCUCCUCCAGUUCACCAAGGACUUGCUCGCCGGCAAACUAGAGCCCUUCAUCAAGUCCGAAGCCCUCCCGGAGCCCAACGACGGCCCAGUCAAGGUCGCCGUCGGCAAGAACUUCAAGAGUUUAGUCACGGACAGCGGUCGUGACGCACUUGUCGAGUUCUACGCGCCCUGGUGCGGUCACUGCCAGAAGCUCACUCCGGUGUGGGAGGAGCUCGGAGAGAAGAUGAAGGGUGAGGACGUGGACAUCGUCAAGAUCGACGCGACCGCCAACGACUGGCCCAAGUCCCUAUACGACGUGUCAGGGUUCCCCACCAUCUUCUGGAAGUCUGCCGACGGCAAGAAGCCCAUCAGAUAUAACGGCGGCCGUGCGCUCGACGACUUCAUCAAGUACAUCGCGGAGCAGGCCUCCAGCGAACUCAAGGGCUUCGACAGAAAGGGCAAUGAGAAGAAGCGAGACGAGCUGUAAUCUAGAUCUGAACGCACGCUAGUCGCUACUCUCUCGCACUGCACCGGAGGAAAGAGAUGGAUAUAUGUUUGAAAGCUCCGGCCUUUCCUUUUUGAAGAGCUUUUCCAUUAUUUAUGGAGUGGUUUAGAUGCUAAAAGAUCUAGUUUCCUUAUAGUGUGGCAUUUGAUCGGUCGGCUGGAUAUGUAAACUCAAUAACACAAAUAUAAAGUCGCAUGCGAGUUUCAACAUUUAAAUGAGCCUUAUAGAUUAGGGUGAAUGACCUUACGUCGUAAAAUGGAAACAGAGUACAUGGAGAUUCAUGUAGGACUUUAAAUAGUUAGGAUGGAUUGAAAGUAGCGUAGCGACUAGUUGUGUAUUAGUGCGCGAGUGUGUGUCUCAAUCUAAGUGGGAAAAUAUAUAUAAUCCGUAGGCAGUGGUUACACUGGUAACACUUAAAAUUUGCACAGAUUCGUUGUUUUUUAAUUCAAGCCUAGUCUAAUGUUUCUAGUGUUGCCAGUUUAUUAAAUAAAAUAAUGCCAGUGACUGAUCUUAAUUGUUUAGAAUUCAUGUAUA